GAAUUGGACAAUGUGGACGCGGUCUAGUAGUAUAAAAACGGGGGCACUCCUUGUCGAAAUUAUUCAGUUGCCAACAUCAACAGCAUAAACAUGUACGCCAAGCUGAUCGUCGCUUUGUGCGCUGUGGGUAUCGCCCAAGCGGGUGGCCUGUUGGGAGGUGCUCACUUGGCGUACAGCAGCCACGCCAUCGCCGCCCUGGUUGUGGCUACCUACGCCGCUCCCGCCGUAGCUCAUUACGCCGCUCCUGCCGUAGCAUCUUACGCUGCUCCCGCCGUGGCGACCUAUGCUGCUGCCCCAGUCGUAGCCAAGACCAUCGCUCCCGCCGUGUCCUCCGUAUCGUCCUACUCUACUCACACCGCUCACGGAUCUCCCGCGUUCGCCGCCUACUCCGCUCCCGUUGUGGCUAAGGCCUACGCUGCUCCCGCCGUCGCCGCCUACUCUGCCCCCAUUGUGGCUAAGAGCUACGCUGCUCCUGCCAUCGCGACCUACGCCGCUGCACCAGUCGUCGCUAAGGCCAUCGCACCUGCUGUUACCUCCGUAUCUUCUUACUCCACCCACACCGCCCACGGUGGCGCGUACGCUGCUCCGGCCGUCGCUGCCUACGCUGCUGGUCCCGUUUACGCCAAGAGCUACGCAGCACCGGUCAUCUCUUCCUACGCCGCUGGACCUGUCAUCGCUAAGAGCUACUCUGCCCCAAUCAUCUCUUCCUACUCUGCUGGCCCCAUCGUCGCCAAGAGCUACGCUGCACCCGCCUACUCGACAUACGCUGCCGCUCCUCUGGUAGCUAAGGCAUACGCUGCCCCUGCGUACGCCACAUACGCCGCCGCCGCGCCCGUCCUGAAAUCAGCUGUGGCGUACUCUGCCGCUCCCGCCGUGUCUCACAUUUCCUACAGCGGUCACGGUGCCGCCUAUGGUUGGUAAACUGAAUCAAAGUUUAAAUUAUAUUGUAAAUAGACCAAUGAAAUAAA